AUGUUUCGACAGAUUGACAACGACGCGGAGAUGACUACAGAAUCCGCAUCAUUCUCAGCCGAGUUCUUUGAUUCCGAACUCCUGGAGAACUAUGAAUGGCCUGUCAAUCAGUUUGCCGAAGCAAUGGACUCGUGUUCUCCUGUUGAUCUCAGCCCGCUCGAGGACUUCAUCGCUCAAGAGGACGCAAAUUACCAUUUCAGCGUCCCUGAAACCCAGUCCGCUUGUGAGACCGCAGUUUCUCAAGAUCUGGCAGAAGCCCUUGAUCCAGUUCCUUCAAACCACUCCCAAGUCCUCACGCAGCAGGACACGGAAGAGAUUGACGCUCUUUCUGGCGGCCUCGAGCCUGAGUCCGCUUUUGAUCUUGCCUUUCCUCAAGAUGCGGCAGUAGAACAUGAUUCGGUUCCUUCAAGCCACUCACAGGUCCUCGCCCAAAAGGACAUGGGUGAAAUUGACGAUCUUUUUGGAAGCCCCGAGCCCGAGUCUCAAGAUCCAGCGGAAGCUGCUGGAGCGGUUCCUUCAUCCACCACUCAAAGUGAGAAUGCUGGCACCCAAAAUGAGAUCACUCCACUAUCCAAAGAAAAGCCUGCUUUCACGCUCGCUCUUCCUCAGGCGCAGCCAUCUCCUGCGUCUGCUUCGGCCACUACUCAAAGUGCGAAAGCUACAUCAUCCAAAAAGGUCAAGCCUGCUUACACGCUCGUUCUGCCUCAACCUGCUCCAGCUUCUUCAAGCACCCCGCAGAAUGGGAGCGUUGCAACUGCACCAUCCAAGAGUCAAGCCAAGCCUGCUUACACGCUCGCUCUGCCUGAACCUGCUCCAGCUUCUUCAAACACCACGCAGAAUGGAAGCAUUGCAACUACACCAUCCAAGAGUCAAGCCAAACCUGCUUACACGCUCGCUCUGCCUGAACCUGCUCCAGCUUCUUCAAACACCACGCAGAAUGGGAGCAUUGCAACCGCAUCAUCCAAGAACAACGCCAAGCCUCAGCCGCAGUCAUGCCCUGAAGCUCCUUCGUCCGCCACUCAGAGCCGAAAGACUGCACCAUCCAAGAAGAAAGCCAAGCCUACUGUCACACAGGCUCUUCCUCAAGCGCAACCUCCUGUCCAGAUUGAUUUGACUGCCUCAGAUGCCCACCAGAGUGGCAAUGGGGCAGCAGUUAGCAACCCCCAGACAAGCGGCUUCCAAGCUCUUAUGCCUCAGAUGUCUGCAACCGCUGGCAUAAUUAAUGCUUCUGGAUCUGUCCCUCAGGGCUGGGGAAAUGGACACUUCUCCACAGCCUGUGACACAUCGUCCGAGUUCUUUGAAGACGAUGAAAUGGAGAACAACACAGUGGUAGCUAACCCACAUGCCUCCAACCUUGGGCCUGUCACCACAUCUGUCCCUUGUGUCUCUGGUCUCCCAGCGCAGGGUUUUGUUGGUUCUUCCAUCUCCUCUCUUCCAGGACAAGCUCCUUUUGGUUCUCUUCCAGGACAAGCUCCUGUUGGCCCUUCUGCCAGUUCGGCCCAGAUGCCACAGUUCGCAAACGGUGUUGGUUAUCCCUUCAUGAUGCCAGGACAGUUCCCAGUCAUGGGUAUGGGUCCCGGUCAGCAGCCCAACUUCAUGGGCAUGCCUCAUCCAGCUCAUCUUGUCAACAACUUCAGGGUUGGUCAAUUCAACAUGAGCCCUGCUGCCACUGGUGGAGCUUACCCAGGCUUCCAAGCCCCUAUGGCUUACCCAAACAACGGAGUUCCAUCUAUGGCACCUCAGCAAGGUGUGCAGCCUGUACAGAACCCCCAGCCAUCCGCCAACGCUACAGUCUUCCAAGGUGUGCCUCCCAACACUACCUUGCAAGCUGAGACUGAAAGCACCAAUACUGGCAAUGCGAAGGGUACCAAAACAACCAAAGCCUCCAAGGCAGCUUCCACAAAGGCCCAGAAAGCCCAAGCCCCAAAGCCGCGAAAGGGUCAAGCAAAGAAGGCUGCACCUGUCCAGCCUGCACCUGUCCAAAACUUUCCUAUCGUGACUCAGGAAGCAGCAGCGGCAUCAUCAACGGGUAUGACUGGAUGGAACUCCCAGCUUCCUCCCCCCAUCCCCUGGCAGCCACUCAAUCCUGAUCGGAUUAUGAUGAUCACUGGCAUCCACCCCCUCAACCUUCCCGCAGACAUGGAAUUCGUUUCCAAGUUGCCCGAAGUUCCCGGGAGCGCUGUCAAGCACGGUGAAGUGACAAAUCUGACCGCUCAAGAGCAUGAGCUUGUCAUUCACACUGCUGUGCGUAACAUCUUCUACGCCGGAGUUGAAGCAGGAGUCGAGCGCGCGAUUCAACAAAUGGUCAAUGACAUGGAUGCAAAGGGCGAGGCGCUUGGUCUUGCCCCUGCCGACCUUCCUCCCCAAGGACCCUUCCGCACAAAGUUCCUCGACACACUUGAGAACAAGAUGAAGAAAUCCGCCAAGAAAUGGGCUGCCCUCACUUACGAGGAGGCCGACCAUCUGAUCAAACCGGUUCAGGCCCUCUAG